AUGGAGACCCCACUGGAAGAGACGGCUGACACCCUGCUGCCGGACCCCCCCAAAGGACCCCUGCAGGCCUUCCGGGCCCGCGCGUCAUUCAGCUGGAAGGAGUUGGUGCUAUACCUGGAGGGUGAGGAGAUGGUCCGCUUUAAGCGGUUCGUCUUCUCAGUGCUGGAGAAUGACCCUCUGUUCACUCAGCUCCGCGAGGCUGACCUGCCCCUGGAUGAGUACCGCAAGCUCACUUUCCUGCGUUUCAAGCGCAUCUUCGAGUACGGCUUCUUUGACCUACAGGACAUGGUGCAGAGACCGCACAAAAUCUGGACGCUCAUCAACUGCCUGGGCAUGUAUGACUGGUCUCUGUGCAACAAGCUCUGCCUGCACUCGCUGGUUUUUACCUUGGCCAUCUCCAACUUGGGCUCUGACAGGCAUCUGAAGUACAUCCCUGAUAUCUUCAACAUGCAGAUCUUUGGCUGCUUCGCGCUGACCGAGAUGAGCCAUGGGAGCAAUGCCAAGGGCAUGCGGACGACGGCCCACUAUGACCCUGACUCCCAGGAGUUCAUCCUACAUUCACCGGACUUCGAGGCCUCCAAGUUUUGGAUUGGCAACAUGGGGAAGACAGCCACCCAUGCAGUUGUGUUUGCUCAGCUGUACACACCCAGGGGUGGGUGCCACGGCCUGCAUGCCUUCAUGGUGCAGAUUCGGGACCCUAAGACCCUGCUCCCCAUGCCUGGGGUGAUGGUUGGCGACAUCGGCAGGAAGGUGGGGCAGAACGGGCUGGAUAACGGCUUUGUCAUGUUCCACAAGGUGCGGAUCCCACGCCAGAACCUGCUGAACCGCACAGGGGACGUCACCCCCGAGGGCACCUAUGUCACCUCGUUUAAGGAUGACAGACAGCGCUUCGGAGCCUCCCUGGGCAACCUGUCGUCUGGCCGGGUCUUCAUCAUGUACGAGUCCAUCAUCAACCUGAAGGUGGCUGUGUGUAUCGCCAUCCGCUUCUCGGCCACACGGUGCCAGUUUGGACCAACCGAGGUGGAAGAAGUGCCUGUCCUGGACUAUCAGAUACAGCAAUGGCGUCUCCUCCCAUACUUGGCUGCCGUCUUCGCCCUGGAAAACUUCUCCAAGCUUCUCUUCAUGGACAUGAUGAGGCUCCAGCUAGACCUGCUCAGCCAGAAGCGAGGUGCCAAGCAGGCAGAGCUCGGACGGGAGAUCCACGCCUUGACAACGGCCAGCAAGCCCCUGGCCUCAUGGACAGCACAGCGAGGAAUACAGGAGUGUCGCGAGACGUGCGGGGGACAUGGCUACCUGGCUGUGAACCGCCUGGGGGAACUCCGUGAGGACAAUGACCCCAACUGCACCUAUGAGGGGGACAACAACGUGCUGCUGCAGCAGACCAGCAACUACCUGCUGGGGCUCCUGGCGUCCAGGGCCCAAGAUGGAGCUCACUUCAAAAGCCCCCUGAAGACCACCGACUUCCUGGAAGCCUAUGAGGACAUCCUCAGUCAGCGCUUCCGUGUCCCCCGGGAACAGGACGGCUGGGACACUGAGGUGACCCUGGCGGCGUACAGGUGGCUGGUCUGUUACCUGCUGCGGGAGAGUAACCAGAAGCUGACCCGGGAGAAAAGCUUAGGCCACAGUGACUUUGACGCAAGGAAUAACUGCCAGGUGUACUACUGCCGCUCGCUGGCCCUGGCCUUCAUGGAGCUGACGGUGGCCCAGCGGUUCCAUGACUUCACCCGGCACCCAAGCGUCCCACCCUCGCUGCGGGGAGUGCUGGGCCGGCUCAGUGCACUCUACGCCCUGUGGUCCCUGAGCCCCCACAUGGCCGUUCUCUACCAAGGCGGCUACUUCUCUGGCGAGCAAGCGGGUAAAAUGCUCAAUAACACCAUAUUGGACCUGUGCUCCCAGCUGAAAGAUGAUGCCGUUGCCCUGGUGGACGUGCUGGCCCCUUCUGACUUUGUCCUGGAUUCUCCGAUUGGCAAGUCUGAUGGCGAGCUCUACCAGAACCUGUGGGCCGCUGUCCUCCAGGGAAGCCAGGUGCUGGAGCGGCCCUCCUGGUGGACCGAGUUUACCGCCAACAAGCCGGUCGAGCAGAGCCUGAAGCCAAAGCUGUAA